AGUAACUUUUAAAAUAUUAUGCGAAUGUGAUAUUAGUUUAUAUAUUUUAACUACUCAAUAGUUUACCUUUACAAAAAAAAAGUUUAGUCAAGAUCAUUAUUUAUAAUAUAAACAAAGACUGGUCGUAAAAUAACGAGAAAAAAAUGGUUUCGGAAGCGUGGAAGUACUUUAAUAAAGUUGUGGUAAAUGAUAAGAAGUAUGGAGAUUGCAAAAAAUGUCAUAAAAGAAUUGCUUGUCCAGGAAGCAGCACAAACGGCCUUAUUGGACACGUCAAAAGUUGCGAGAAAAUAGAUUUAAAACCAUUCAGUUCCAGACCAGUUUUGACUAAAAUGUCAUUAAACGAUCUUCUUGCCAAGUUGACAGCUCUUGAUGGGUAUUCGAUUAGGUCCAUAACUCAAUCUGAAACACUAAGAAUGCUUUUUGAAAAUUACGGGCAUAGUUUGCCUAAGUCAGCGUCCGCAAUUUCAGAAAAAAUUAAGAUGUUUUAUGCUGAAGCCAAAUACUUAAUGAUCGCUGAAUUGGCUGCAUUGAAAGCAAAAAGAGAAAAAUUUGGACUAACAGGUGACGAAUGGUGUAGCAAUAGAGGUAGAAGAUACUACAAUUUAAAUGUUCAUCACGACAGAACGUAUUGUUUAGGAAUGAUGAGAUUGCCAUCUCCUAGUUCUGCUGAAACAUUAAACAUUUUGAUAAUGGAAAAAUUAAAAGAAUUUGGUAUAGAUAGUGAAGAUAUUGCAGGUAAAACUACGGAUGGCUGUAGUUGGAUGGUGAAAUUGGGUACCGUAUUUAAGUUUCCACAUCAGAUCUGCCAGAAUCAUUCAAUUCAUUUGAGUGUUUGUGAUUUGAUAUACGCUAAAAAAGAUUGUCGCAAAAUUGUGAACAAAGAAACUGAAUCGAUUAUUGAAACAGAAACAGAAACUGAUGGAGAGUCUGAAGGAGAGUUUCUUAUUGAAUAUUCGGAGAAUGAGAUUAAGUGUGAAGAAAAUAUCGAAAAAAAUCUACAGAAACUUCGAAUACUAAUUAAGUUUUUGAAAUAUUCAUCGCUUCGAUAUGAAGUUUUAAAAGAAAAAUACACGAAAUAUACGGAUCUUCGCAUGACAAAGGACUGUUGUUCGACAACCGAACAAGAUGGAACAAUAAAAACCGCACAUUUUUUUACGCUUCCAAAAAAGAUAUUCAAAUUUAUGCUUCAAAAUUAUUUGAUCAACUAUUUGCAACAAAAGAAAAUAGUCUCCAAUCAAAAUCAGAUGAUCACGCUAAAAACAAACAAGAAGAACCAUCACAAUCGACAUCUUUUUUCUCCGAAAUUCAAGAAGUUCUAAUUCAAAAUCAAUCAGCAGCUAAAAAACC